ACCCUGCGCUCCCGCUGGCUCAAGCUACGAGAGCGAAUCUUCAAGGCCGCGCGGCGCACUGGGCUGGCAGCUGGCCCCGAUCUUCUCUUGAUGGACCCCAACAUUGACAACGAGAAGGAGUGGGGCGAGUGGUGCAUCGAGUAUGUCAUGCGGGUGUUGAACCGCGACGUCUUUUUGCCCAUCUGCUCCACCAGAGCGGAGACCCUGCCGCUCAACUACGUGCACUUGCGCUUCGUCGGACGGCCACUGCUGAGCACCGUGCCAGGCGCCGCUGGGUCCGCAGCCAACGACUGCGUUUUCCUCUUGGAGGUGACCCAGAACUGCGUCCUGGAGACGAUGAUCACGAUCCUGAUGCUGAGGUUGAUCUGGACCCACUGGCUGCUCAUGACGUUCCUGACCUA